CGGCGAAGUAAUUAGAAGCCAAAUAAUCUAGCACUUAAUUUCUCCGAAGCUCAGUCGCCGAACAUCCCACCCCCCAGCUCUUGGUGAGAACCAACCCUCUAUCAUCAUGCCAGCAGUUCACGUCGAAAAGUCCUCUAACGGACUUGCAACCUCGAUCAACGGGGACACCAAGGAGUACUCAGCUCUACAAGCGGACGACGAGUCCAGAUUCUCGAUAUUCCGUCGACUUGUUCCCAUUGUUGCAGAUGACACUGUCACGUACCUCAAUGCGUCGUUCGCGCCGCCAUCGAACCUGGUUGUCCACGACGCCAUCUGCCAGUACAGCUCCGAAGCUCUGCGCCAUCCUUCGCCCAAACCCCGCUGGCAAGAGGCUGUCGAGGAGACCCGGGAGCUCGUUGCCAAAUACAUCAAUGCUGACUCGUCGGCCAUUGCGUUCACACGAGACACCACCGAGGCUCUGGGUUCUUUCAUCCAGGGAAUUCGCUUCCAGCCGGGCGACAACGUCGUCAUCCUGGACACCGAGCAUCCCAACCACGCCUACGCAUGGAUGUCACUCCGUCAGGCCGGGCUCGAGGUGCGACAGGUCCCCACCAUUGCCGAGGCGGAGCGAACAGGGAAAGUCGUUGCUGCAAACGCGGCGACUUUUGCCCCGUACGUUGACCGUCGGACACGGGCAAUCGGCCUCAGCUCUGUCAUGUUCCAUAGCGGACAGUGGAACGACAUAGCCGAUAUUUGCACUGCCUACCGACCCAAGGGCAUUCACAUCGUCGCAGACGUAACACAACAGGUCGGAUUCGCACGUAUCGAUGUCCGGAGUCUGGGCGUAUCUGCAGCGGCUUUCUCUCUACAUAAGGGACUCAACUGCCCCACGGGCCUCGCGGUGCUCUAUGUCGACACGGAUGUCAUCUGCGAAAUGGACCCUAUCCCACCCAUUGUCGGGUACGGCGCCGUGAGCAAUGCUCGCUCCGAUCUUCUGGUCCCCGCGGAUCCCAUCGUCUACCAUCCCACGGCUCGACGCUACGAACACCUGAACCUCAGCCUGAUUGCCGUGGCUGCAGCGAAAGCCUUCCUCAAGUUCUAUCUCGAGGUCAUGGGCCCCGAAGCUGUUGAGAGACACCUUUACGCAUUGGGCGAUGCGUUAUACCAAGAAUGCAAGGGUCUCGGAAUUGGGAUUGUUGGCCCUAAGAAUCGGAAGGAACAUGCACCGCACCUGUACAUCUUGGAUUUGCACAACACGGGGUGGGUUGAGCACCUCAAGGACGCUGGCAUAAUUGUGACUCCGUAUCGGCUGGGUAUCAGGGUCUCUUUUGGGUUCUACAAUAACUUUGAGGACGUUAAGAAGCUUUCACUUGCCGUUCGAGCGGGCUUGGAUGCGGGUAUUCCAACCACAGGGCGAAAUAUGUAA